AUGUCCACUCAGUCGUCGUACAUUGCUGCUUGGAACUACCUCGAGGCAUUCGGGUACUGUACUGGCCACCUCGCCCGCCUCCUAUUCCGUACUUCCAUCGAUUCGCUCCUCGGCCGGCUCGGGAAGUUUACAACAGUCGGCCGUUUGCUUCAUCGUUCUUCACUUCUAUAUCACUCCUUUUCCUUCAUUGCUCCGCAUUCCUUCUCACGACUGCACGAUUACUUCAGCUCAAUGGCGUCCUCAAGAUACCCCCGACUAUAG